AUGCCUUCUAUUACUAUCGGUGAACAUCUCGUCAAGCGUCUCUCUGAAGUCGGUGUUGAUACCGUCUUUGGUGUUCCUGGUGAUUACAACAUGCCUCUCUUGGAUAUUAUUGAGGACAGUGGCUACAUGACGUGGGGUAAUAAUGCCAACGAAUUGAAUGCUUCGUAUGCUGCUGAUGGCUAUGCUCGUGUCAAGGGCUGUGGUGCCAUUGUUACUACAUUUGGUGUUGGUGAGCUUUCGGCCGUCAAUGGUCUUGCUGGCUCUUACUCUGAAAUGGUGCCUGUCAUUCACAUUGUAGGUGCUCCCACUACCAAGUCUCAACAAGACAAGGCCAUGUUGCACCAUUCGCUCGGUGAUGGAGAUUUCAAUGUCUUUGUCAAGAUGUCUGAGAAGAUCUCUGUGGCUACUGCUCAGCUGACUCUUGAAAAUGCUAUUACUGAGAUCGACCGUGUUAUCCAAACUGCUUAUACUAGCAAGCGUACCGGUUACAUUUCAAUUCCUAUUGAUUUGAUCAUGGCCAAGGUGGAUGUGCCCGCUGUCCUUUCUCUUCAAUUGCUGCCUGCCAAGAACCCUCAAGUGAUGCAAGACAUUGCCAUCAAGAAAAUCCUCGAAUGUAUCAACCAUGCUAAGCAUCCUGCUAUCGUCGUAGAUGGCUGUGUCCUUCGUCACCAUCUCAAGAAGGAAGUCAAUGACUUUGUUCAACGCUCUGGUUUUCCUACGUUUACGGCUCCCAUGGGUAAAGGUGCUGUCGAUGAAGAUGUACCUAACUACCGCGGUGUCUACACUGGUAAUGUUACUCUUGAGGGUAUCACUGCUGAAAUCGAACAAGCUGAUCUGUUGAUUGAGUUGGGUUCCAUCAAGUCUGAUUUCAAUACUGGUAACUUUUCUUAUGGUUUGGACCAAACCAAGACCAUCUCUCUGCAUAGCUUUGGCACUACCAUUUAUCAUGCCGAGUAUCCCAAGGUGGGCAUGGUUGAGUUGCUGCCUCUGUUGACCGCUGCUCUGCCUGAACGUAAAUCUGCCCUGACUUUUGCUCCUCGUAUCAGACCUGCUCCUAUCGAUAACAGCACCGAGGAAAUCACUCAUAACUAUCUCUGGAACAAAGUGCCUGAAUACAUCAAGCCCAACAGUAUUGUCGUUGCUGAAACCGGUACCUCUGAAUUUGGUGUAUUCAACAUGCAAAGUUCCAAGGACACUACAUAUAUUAGUCAAAUUCUCUGGGGCUCCAUUGGUUACUCUGUUGGUGCUGCUGUUGGCGCUGCUAUUGCUGAUAGAUCUCGUCAACUGUUCCUCUUUGUUGGCGAUGGCUCUUUCCAAUUGACUUUCCAGGAGAUUUCUGUAUUCCUUCAUCAUGGACUGACACCUGUCAUUUUCCUGUUGAACAACGACGGCUACCUUAUCGAGAAGCUCAUUCAUGGCCCUGACAGAGAUUACAACAACUAUCAAAUGUGGCAAUACAGCAAAACUCUUGACUUCUUUGGUGCUCAUCUCGACCGCAAUUAUUCGACUGGCUGUUCCAAGGUUGGUUUCGAAGGCAAGGUCUCUACACGUCAAGAAUUUGAGACCGCCAUGAACAGCAUUUCUGCUCAACCAGAAAAGAUGCACUUUGUCGAGGUUGUCAUGCCUCGUUUCGAUGCUCCUCGCGAGCUUGAACUCCUAGUCGCCACCUCUGAAAACCGUUAA